AUGAACAAAAGUCAAGUUAUAACUUUGUUGGUGGCAAGUAACGUCUUCUUGGUAUCAUUGUUGUAUGUCAGUAAUUACUGGAAUAUCCAUUGGCCUGUUGAAAGUAUACCUCAUGGCCAUAUCAAUAAGGAAAGUGAAUAUGUCAAUCCAUUCAAAGUGUACGAAGAAUAUCCUAUUGAUUUGGUGAAUGCUUCAGCUAUAUUCAAUACCGUUCAUGGAGCUUUGAAGCAGAAGGAUGCUAAUUUGAAUCCCGUAGGAGUUUCCUUUAUUCCGGCUUACAUUCCUCCAAAUACAAGAUUCUAUCAUUCCACAGGUCUGCCCGAAAUUCCUGAACUGUUUGAAUGGAUUGCCAUGGAAUAUGAAUUUAGUUAUGCUUUUGCUCAGUUCCAAAAACCCCAGAAUUCAACUAAACCGCCACCAUUUCCAAAGAAACCUCCUGGGGCUCCUGAAUCUGGUAACAAGCACAAGCAUCUCCCAUUUUUUGGUGAUGCUUAUUUAUACAGUUUUAGAACUACAAGAGCCCUUGAUAAAGUAAUUUUGUUAGACGGUGCUUCAGCUGCUAAGUAUUCUCCUUUAAUGGAUCAACAAAUGAUUCUUAGUAGGCAAAAAAAUACCAGUGCCCCUGUAGAUGAAAGAAUUGCAGCCGAGAAGAUUUGUGAUUGGGGUCAAAGCUUUGGCUUGCAAGGGAUCAUCAGAUUAGAAAUCGGUUUUGAGAUUAUUGUAUGUGAUUUUCAAAGAGACCUUGAGUUGAUAUCUAAUGUCACUCUAGAUACUACCAUCGAUACUUUGUCCAUUCCUUCAGGUAGUGAUGGUUCGGCCCCUUUAAUCAAGAAAUUCUCUGCUCAGGAUUCUUUCGAGAAUCUUAGGAUGUCAUCUUAUGUAAACGACGGGGAUAGAAGGAUUAAACUUGAUUUUUCCAAGAUGGUUACACCUCUUAAUAAAACAUACAUAGAUCCAAAUCCUUUUGCAAGAAACAUAAGUUACAUUGAUAACGAAUUGAAGGAAGAUAUUAUCGGUGAAUUAGAAACUUUUUAUGCCACCACCAAGAUUGAUCCUUAUGAAACCACUGACUGGCAAGUAGUGACGGGUUUGAUAGAGAAUAAAUUUGGCCCUUUAUUUGAUACAAUCAAUAAAACAUUUACAUUUUUUAAUGGUUCAGAAGAAUCUUUGGAAAUUUUGGGAGAAGAUUUGUUGACCUUGACCUUCAAUUUUAAAAGAAGAUACAAUGAUAUUAACCAUCACAUUGAUAGAGAUCAGUAUGGGUUCAAUAGUAGUAUUUUAGAUUAUGUUCAUCACACCUACCCGUUACAACAUAACGAUAUAUUGAUCUAUUCAUCAAUCUUCAAAGUCCAAUUCGAGAUUUCUACUAUGAUGUUUGACAUUUAUAAUUUGGGAAGAGAUAUUGUAGAUAAAGUUUCUGAUUUAGAAGUACUCAAACAACGAGUUGCCAUCAAACAAAAGGAAUUGGUGGAGUUCUUAGACAUUUUAAGAUGGACAAUAUUUGUUGAUUGUACGGAAAAAUGUGGACUCAAUUCUGUAUGCUAUGUUCCAACAUGGGGACCAAGUCCUUUCGGAUGGGGACAAAGAAAUGAAAAGUUUUUCGAUAAUAUUGAUGGAGUUUAUUCCAUCUCCAAGAACUUGCAAUGUGUAGAUUUUGAUGAUCUUUUAGCUCUCCGUCAUCAAUGGUGA